CUUAAUACGUAAGAAAUAUGGGUUAGAUUGGAUUUUUAGUUGUUACAACUCGUAAAAAUGUUAUGUUUUACAUUUAAUGAAGCUGGAGAAUCGGUUUCUUCGAAAUACAAUCGAAUCUAUCUGUCGUAACCUUCAUUUAUUUAGCUUGGGAGCCUUGUUCAAUACAAUCUGAGGAAUGAUUACUUGUCCCAUCAACUGUUAAGAUUUAACCUACAGAAGAAUAUUGGAGCCAAAUAGCAAUCUUAUGCAAUGUAUCACCAUAUUUCGGUUUUGCGCGCUAAAUAAUUUCUUAAAUUGCUUUAAUUGCUUUGCAACAAUCGAAACUCAUAACUCUAAAAUUUACCAUGUGGCAAACGAAAGGGUCACUUGUAGCAAUCAAUAACUCAGAAAGACCAGAAAGACUUUUUCGGAAAUUGUAUAAAUACCCCUCUAGAUUCUCCAAAAGAAUCAUUUAACCAGGUAGUUAUUUUUCUUUGAAAUUAUAUAACAACAUAAUUAAAAUGUCAGACUUAGGUAGAAAGAACAUCUCCGAUAAAAUCAGCGAAUCAGUUACUCCAGACUCUCAAAAGAGUACCCUUGAUAAGGCGAAAGAAACUGUUACUGAUAAAGUCGAUUCAUUUGCUGCUAACAACACCCCUGAAAACCAAAAAUCAUUCGCUCAAACAACUGCAGAUGCUGCUCAAAAAGGAAGCGAUGAUGCUAAAGCUGCUGUCCAAGAACAUCAACAAUCAUUGGGGGAAACUGCUGCCGAAUAUGUUGAACAAGCAAAGGAACAAAUUACCAAUGCAGCUCAAUAUGUUUCGGGUGUUGUUUCUGGUGCUCAAGAAGGGGCCAAGACUGGUGCUGAAAGCGCUUCCAAGUAAUACCGUCAUAACACAUCACGGUUUCAAUUUUGUCAUGUAUGUUAAGAAUAUAUAGUGUAUUUAUCUUCAAUAAAUAAAUUAAGACAAAAUUUCUUUAUUACUCUCAGACCAUGUAAACAGCUUAAUUUUGCAGUCAGAAUAAAAUAGACUUCAAUGCUCUCUGAAUGAUACCAGAAGCUCUCAAAAGAAAUUAAAUUCAAUUAAGG